AGCUCCAGCGCCCCUCCCAGCUCCGCUCCGCUGCACGCUCCUCCUCGGUUCCCUGGGAGCGCCCUGUGCCCUGGCAGCGCUGGCCCAGCCCUGGCAUCCCCAGGUCCUCCCGUGGGUAGGACGUGAGUGGAGGGAAGGACAGCGGAAGGGAGCCCACGGCGUGCCCUGCAGGCUCUCUGGAUGCAGAAGCCGGGCUCCCUGCAGAGGCGGCUGUGCUGUUCCAGGAGCGCCCGGGGUGCCUCCCUCUCUCAGGGCUCGCCCAGGCAGGCUCCAGGUGCCAGGGGCACGCAGCGCGGAAGCCUUCCCUUCUGGGCAUUGACAGCAGAGCCUGCCUUCCCGCUGCCACCAUGAGCGGCUGCUCCAAAAGAUGCAAGCUUGGGUUCGUGAAAUUUGCCCAGACCAUCCUGAAGCUCAUCACCGGGACCCUCAGCAAAGACAUCGCCUGGUGGUAUUACCAGUAUCAGAGAGAUAAGAUUGAAGACGAGCUGGAGAUGACCAUGGUUUGCCACCGGCCUGAGGGCCUGGAGCAGCUGGAGGCCCAGACCAACUUCACCAAGAGGGAGCUGCAAGUCCUUUAUCGCGGCUUCAAAAAUGAGUGCCCGAGUGGUGUGGUCAAUGAAGAAACAUUCAAGCAGAUCUACGCACAGUUCUUCCCUCACGGAGAUGCCAGCACGUAUGCCCAUUACCUCUUCCACGCCUUCGACACCACCCAGACCGGCUCCGUGAAGUUCGAGGACUUCGUAACCGCUCUGUCGAUUCUACUGAGAGGAACCGUCCAUGAGAAGCUAAGGUGGACUUUUAACUUGUAUGACAUCAAUAAGGAUGGCUACAUCAACAAAGAGGAGAUGAUGGACAUCGUCAAGGCCAUCUACGACAUGAUGGGCAAAUACACGUAUCCUGUGCUCAGGGAGGACACCCCCAGGCAGCACGUGGACGUCUUCUUCCAGAAAAUGGACAAAAAUAAAGACGGGAUCGUGACGUUAGAUGAAUUUCUCGAAUCCUGUCAGGAGGAUGACAACAUCAUGAGGUCCCUCCAGCUGUUCCAAAACGUCAUGUAACUACGGACACAGCCAUCCGGCUCUCAGAGACAUUGUACCAAACCACCACCCUAACACCUUGAUCCGCCCUCCUGACUUCACACUGACUCUGGGACAGAAACACCUGCUGUACUCGGGAAGAACUCUCUGCCGAAGACUUUCCAUGGAGCCCAGCACGCCGUGGCCCGGUCUCUGAUUGCCAGCUCUUCCUCCUCCCUCUUCCUGAGAGAGACAAGAUGAAAUUGGAAGCAUGCUCAUCUCGUCACACUGCCGCCCCGGGGAAGGUCCCUCUGCCUGAGCUUAGACAGUAGUGAGCACGUGUCUGCUUGCGCGCCCCAGCCCUCUGCUUACAGUGCAGCAGACCUCGGUGUUCUGGAAGCAAGAUGACCUGAGCCAAAUGCACUCCAUCCUCUGAUGGCCUCCCAAACCAAUGUGCCUGUUUCCCUUCCUUCGGUGGGAAGAGCGAGCGUCCUUCGGAACAAUGAAUCUACCGUGACUAGCGUGGGAGAGCCAGCACCUGGCCUACGUAGGACAGGACUGAGUUGUUGAGCGUGGCGUUGUCUGACGACCCCAACUGCCCAUUCCUUCUGUUCCUGGAGGCAAGGACCAGUAAUUCUCUCUCACUAGCACCUGUGCUGGUAGGACCAGUCCCUUAACAGCCCAGGAAGGGAGCCGACGCCCAGUGGUCCAUGUCUCCACUCCAUCUCCUGCUACAGCCCAGCACUGCAUGUCCCUUCCAGAAAGCCUGCAAAUUGCUGUAAUUUUAUACCAUCUUCUAACCAAUAAACAGAAU